GGAUAAUCUGUGAUCGAUAAAUCACGUCAUCUUCCACCAUGCACCAUUUCUGACAUUGAUUAUGGAAGGUGUAGCAGACGUUAUAUGAAGAUUUUGGACGCGAUCCAUAGCAAUAAGCGCGAGUGAGACUACGCCCUAUCGUUACGACAAUAUCGCUGAACAUUCCAGGAUAGGUAUUUCACAAAAUAUUGUAGCAGACUUCAAUUAUUUGGUGAAAUUUGCCAAGGUCUUUGAUGCGUUUGUUAUUAUAAUGACUGGUGAAGGUGUAUCGAGUUGAUGAAUAAUUCGGCAUAAUUAGUAUCCAGGAUCAAAGACUCGGUAUUGUCCAGGGGAAAGAUGACCACGCCGGCGGACGAAUGCGGCAUCAAAGUCGUGUGCCGGAUACGGCCUCUGAACUCCUCGGAGGAGAAAGCCGGGAGCAGGUUUGUGGUGAAAUUCCCCACGGAUGACACCAUUCACUGUGGUGGUAAAAUGUUUGUGUUUGAUCAAGUUCUGAAACCAAAUGUGACCCAAGAGCAAGUUUACGAGACAGCGGCAAAACCCAUCGUAGCAGAUGUACUAGGUGGCUACAAUGGAACCAUUUUUGCCUACGGACAGACCUCUUCUGGUAAAACACACACCAUGGAGGGUGUCCUUGGCAAUGACAAGAUGCAGGGAAUCAUUCCACGGAUUGUACAGGACAUUUUCACUUAUAUCUACGGAAUGGAAGAAAACCUGGAGUUCCACAUCAAAGUUUCCUACUUUGAAAUUUACAUGGACAAAAUACGAGAUUUGUUAGACAUCUCUAAAGUGAACUUAUCAGUACAUGAAGACAAGAACAGAGUUCCCUAUGUUAAGGGGGCCACAGAGAGAUUUGUUUCAAGUCCUGAAGAAGUGAUGGAGGCCAUUGAUGAGGGGAAGGCUAACCGUCACGUCGCUGUCACCAACAUGAAUGAGCACAGCUCGAGAUCACACAGCGUGUUUCUGAUCAAUGUGAAGCAAGAGAAUCUAGAGAAUCAGAAGAAACUGAACGGCAAGCUCUACCUGGUCGACUUGGCUGGUAGUGAAAAGGUCAGUAAGACCGGAGCAGAGGGGGCUGUGCUGGACGAAGCCAAGAACAUCAACAAAUCACUCUCCGCUCUCGGAAACGUCAUCGCCGCUCUGGCUGAUGGUAAUAAGAGCCACGUACCAUACAGAGACAGCAAGUUGACCCGUAUUCUCCAGGAAAGUCUGGGAGGGAAUGCCCGAACCACUGUGGUCAUCUGCUGUUCCCCCGCCUCUUUCAAUGAGUCUGAGACAAAGUCCACACUUCUGUUUGGUCAGCGUGCCAAGACCAUUAAGAACGUUGUGUCUGUCAAUGAAGAGCUGACAGCUGAGGAGUGGAAGAAGCGGUACGAGAAAGAGAAGGAGAAGGCGGCCCGCUACAAGGGACUGCUGGAGAAGUGUCAGGCAGAGCUCCAGAAAUGGCGCACUGGUCAAUCUGUGUCUCUGGAUGAGCAAGUGGACAUGAAGGCAAGCACUGCGUCCCUACAGGAGGAGGAGAAACCACCAGCGCCACCUAUGACAGCCAGCGUCAGCUCCAUCGUGGACGAGGGUACCAAGGCUCUGUUUGAGGAGGAGAAGCUGAAGCUCUACCAACAGCUGGAUGAUAAGGAUGAGGAGAUUAAUGAGUUAUCUCAGAUGAUAGAGAGAUUGAGGGAACAGAUGCUGGAACAGGAGGAUCUCAUCUCGAUGGGAAAACGAGACUAUGAGACGCUGCAACAGGACAUGACUCGCAUACAGGCUGAUAAUGACUCAGCAAAGGACGAGGUUAAGGAAGUGUUGCAGGCAUUGGAGGAGCUGGCCAUGAACUACGACCAGAAGUCGCAGGAAGUGGAGAAUAAGAACAAGGAGAACGAGACGAUCGUCGACGAGCUCAACACCAAGCUGAGCGAGUUGGACAACAUUAAAGCUGAGUUUGAGAAGCUGAAGGACUCUUCGCUUCACCAGAGGAAGAAGAUGACCGAGAUCAUGGCGAGUCUGAUGAAAGACAUGUCCGAGAUCGGCAGUGUCGUCGGGGGCAACGCGAACGAGUUCAAGUUCAGCGGGGGAACCCCUGACAAGUUGGAGGAAGAUUACACAGUGGCCAGGAUCUACAUCACCAAGAUCAAGAGUGACAUCAAAACACUGGUAUCUCGAGCCCAGCAGCUGGAGGUCACCGAGGUUGAGGUCAAGGACAAACUCGGGAGUGCUGAGAAAGAGCUCAGUGACUGCAAGCUCACCAUACAGCAGUAUGAGGCUAAGAUGUCUACUCUGAAUGAGACGAUCAAGGACAUAGACAGCAAGAAGAAGCAGCUUCAAGAGACAGUGGACUCCCUUAAUGACCAGGUGGAGAUGCUCAAGAUGGAAGAGAAGAUGCAUCUAAGUUCUGUGUCAGAGCGAGAGAAGGAGGCAUCGGACCGUGUCCAGAAUAUCUCGGCCAUGAAGGAGUCGCUCGAGAAACAGAUGGAGCAGCAUCGCCAGCAACAUGCCAAGCAUCUCUCUGACCUCAGAGAGGAAGUGGCUGAGAAGCAGAGCCUCAUUGACCAGCUCAAAGAUACAAACCAAAAAUUGAGUCUGGCCCUGGAGAAACUACAGGCUGAUUACGACAAAUUAAAGACCGAGGAGACAGAGAAGUCACAGAAAUUACAGGAGCUGUCCCUGCAGAUAGAUCGCCGUGAGCAGGCUAAACAGGAUCUGAAGGGGCUGGAGGAGACUGUGGCCAAAGAGCUGCAGACCCUUCACAACUUGAGGAAGCUGUUUGUACAAGACUUACAGAACCGUGUCAAAAAAUCAGCCAAUAAGAAAGAGGAUGAGGAUGAUGAUGACACAGGAGGAAGCAUGGCACAGAAACAGAAGAUAUCAUUCCUAGAGAACAACCUGGAACAGCUGACCAAAGUCCAUAAACAGCUUGUGAGGGAUAACGCCGACCUGCGGUGUGAACUGCCUAAGCUGGAGAAAAGACUGCGAGCCACAAUGGAGAGAACAAAAUCCCUGGAGACAGCGCUAAAGGAGGCCAAGGAGGGCGCCAUGAGAGACAGAAAGAGAUACCAACAUGAGGUAGACAGGAUCAAAGAGGCUGUCCGACAGAAGAAUCUCGCCAGGAGGGGCCAUGCCGCUCAUGCACAGAUUGCAAAACCCAUCAGGGCUGGACAUGCUCCUGCCGCAUCCCCGGGAACCACAGGAAUUCGUGGGGGAGGAGGGGGAGUUAAUGGCCCCGCCCCCAUCAAACCAAAGAUGGAGACCGAGUCACAGGCUUAAUAAAGUUGUCAGUAGUGUUGAACUAGCUAGCAUUGAGAAGAGGAUUUUCUUUUGUUUUGAACAAACAUUCACAAGAUUUACAUUUACUUGGAAAAUUCCUUUGAUACAUCAUUGUGACCUCAGGUCCGGAGGUCAAAGUUCAUUGGAUUUUGUGUCCUAAGUGUUCACACCAUCAUGUCGUGCAAUGACUGUAUUUUAAUUUAUUGGGAUAACCACCCAUAUUUCUGGAAAGGAAGUGGGGUUUUUCCUCUCAAUCCACGAAGGUCAGUAAGAAGAAGGAAUAUAUUGAAGUCAGUGCUUAUAGAUUUCACUGGAGAAUUCCAUUCUGUUGGGGAAGCCCUUCAUUAUUUACUUUGCUUAAUGUACACAGUGCUAAAUGAUGUGUCAAUGCGUUCAAUUGGAAUGUGUGUGCGAGUUAGACAUGUAAUGACAUGGGAAGCAAUUAUGGUUAAGGGUUUCUUGAAUAGGGACUGAUAUCUCCUUGAUUAUAGAUUCUGCUUUAAGCCUUUUUUUUGAGUCCUUAUUUUUGGUAUCUGACAUUUUUGCAUAGAAUGGUAUGACCCAUCUGAUGAUGAACCCUGAAAAACCCUGUUUGAUAUGCAAGUUUCUUAACAGAACUUUAAAAAGGAGUGUAUAACCUACAGGUUAUAAUCCUAAUCAGGAUUGAAGUGUUGGUCAUUUAGGUGUGUUCAAUAACAGAAAGGCAGGUCACUGUUGAGGACCUGUGUGUCACUUUUCUGUAUCGGGCAUUGAGUGUGAAAUGUCCGUCCUCAUGGAGUACAACACCUAAAUGCACUGGACAGAAUUUGGGGAAGAAUUUUCGGGUGGUUGGUUGCCAUGGAGUUUGGGUGGUCCCUGAGGCCAAUAUUUCCUCCAAUGUUCCUUUCCUGAUGUAGAGAAGGUGAAACCUGCUGCUUUUCAUGUAGAUACAAUAAUUUACUUCACUUUCAUAAAUUGACAAGUCAAUGAAGCUAUGAACAACAUUAUGUGGAGAUAUUGGCAAAGAAGACUAUUUAUUAACGAAGAAAGGGCAGUUCUGUCUAUAUAAGGAAAGGAAGAAUAGUGCAAGGGGAAUUUAUUGUCCAUUUGUUGUAAGCCAGGUUUGUCCCACAAUGGGAAGUUGUUUUAAAAUGAAGAGAAGGUUGCUGUUUUGGGGGAGUUGAGGUGUAGAUGUUUACAUAGGGACCCCCUUUGUUAAGAAAUACCCCAUGUCAAACUGUGUUGAAAUUUAUAGGUCUCUAUUCCAGGCUUUAACCAAGUCGUUUGUUCUUGAACUCUUGGCAGUCAUAUUAAAUAGCUAAUCAUCAUUCCUGUCUUCUAUUACAGUUAAGGAAUUACAACAAGCUUUUUCAGUUGAAUUCAUCUCUUUUAUUAAUAAACUUUGGUGCAUUUUUUUUCUGUGUUAGUGAGAUUGUAUUAUAAGUGAAUGACUUACUGUAAGAUGGAUUGUCUCUAGUAAAAGUUGUCUCUGUGUCUUGUGCUUUUAGAUUCAGGUCCCUUUCUCCCUAUAUGUCAGCUUGAUUAGUUAUUUAUUGCUUGUGGUUUGAGGUGUACAAAGUCAAUUGAUGCAAAUUUGCUGUGAAAAAAUGACAGAACAUCGCUUUGACUGGUAGUUGAGUGUAUAAUUUUAAAAAUGGAAUGAGGUAAGUUUCCUUAAUUGUUAGUAAUGUUGAGUUACUUGUGUUGGUUACUGGGGAUGUGCUGAGUUGGAAAUUAAACCACGCAACAGUUGUAGUGGGUGUACUGGUGAAUUUUCAGUUUAAGAUUUUUCGCUGUCUUCAACAUGUGUAGGUACAGAGUGUGAUAAAUUGACGAAGAUAUGAAUGUUAAAUGAAUUAAAGUCAGUUUACAACACAGGUGCCCAGGGAAAGCGAUAGAGAUAAAAUUCAGUCCUUUCUUUCUUGAAAAUUUAUUGUGAAACAUAUGAAUCUGUCAUGAAAAAAAAAAAAUUGAAAAAGUCUUAAGUGAUGCAUUAAUGAUGAGGGCAAAGGUGUUGGACAGACAAGGAUUUCUAGAAUUCCUUCCAUGUAGAUUUGCAAAUGUUAAGUCUUUCAUUUUAAUGUGUUGUAAAGUGUAUGUACUAGAAAAUAAGUUUCGUCUCUUUUUCUGUAAAUGGAGUUUUUUUGGUAUGUGGCUUUUUUUUUUAUAGAGAAUUGUAGUCGUGCUGUAGCAUUUGUGUAAUAUUGUUAGGAAAAGUCAUAUUCAUAAAUUCAUACAGUGAAGUAAAUGGGAACUUUUGUAUAAUUGUAUAAACCAAUUAACAAAAAGCAAAGUUAUUGGGAUAGUUAUUUAAUAAACAAAUACAUGUCAACCGUUUUGGAGUAUAUUGGACUAAGAGAAAUAUUGUGUUCAUUAUAUGUAAGAUAUAUCAGAUAACUAUUAUAAAAUGUAACAUUUUAAGUAUACGUGUAUGUUGAAUGUAAUCUAAAACCAUUUGUAGCUGAAAUUUCUUUCAAAUUGACUUUGUAUGAAUCAUAUACAAUGUUUUAAACAUGUAUUGUAUGUAGGUAUUCCAUAUAUUGAGGUCUCCUCAAUAUCUUUUGUUAUAGAAGAUAUAUAGAUGUAAAAGGAGUUUUCAUUGCAAAACAAACGUACUUUGAUAUGUCAAACCACUUAUUAGAUGUUUGUGCAAUAAUUGACAUUUCUCAGGAUGGAGGAUGGUUCCAGAUGAUAAAAAUAAAAUAAUUUUGAAAAAAAACUGCUUUGGUGCAUUGAUAAUGCUCAGAAUUUGGGCUUAAAUUAUCAUUAAAUGGCUUGUGGAAGCUUUGUAUGUUUUAUUACAGUUGCACACUCCGCGGAGAUUUGUACAUGUGGUGUGCGCAUGCGUAUGAAUGUGUUUGAGUGGAACUGUGAAUAGGUUUAAUGUACAUGUAUGUCAUUUCUUCCAUUUCAAUUAGAACAAUUAUUGCUGUACUUAAUUAUUUGAUGGUCGCUUUUGUUUGGCUAUAACAUCAAUAAAUUUAAUGAAAAAAAAUAUGUUGUCCGUUUUUUUGAAACAAAGAAUUAUAACAUACAUUGCUUACUGACUAGAAGUUCUGUCCAUGGGCCAUAUAUUGAUUUACAAUUGUUUACGUUCUGGCCAUGAACUGCUAUUAUUUUGGUUUCCUGGUUUCUUUAUUUCUGCUUGCCAAUAGUCGUGAUAUUGAACAUGAUGUAAAUUAUUUGCUGAUAAUAAAUUAUUAUUAUGCUA